ACUGUCCCAGCCUCAGAGUUUCAACAGGAAGGAGAUUAUCUGAUGGGUGGACUUUUUGAUAUUCAUAAUGUCAUCUCCGCUGCUUACUUUGAAAGACCAGAAGCUAUCCAAUGUUCCAGUGAACACCAAGUCCCUUCAAGUUAUCGAAGGUUGCAGUUGAUGAGAUUCUCUGUAGAGGAAAUCAAUAAUUCGUCCAGCCUACUGCCAAAUGUUUCACUUGGCUAUGAUAUAUUUGAUCACUGCUCUGAUACACGCAACUUCCCAGGACUUUUAAAUCUCAUCUCAGUAAAUGACUCAAUUCAACCUUGGAGUGAACCGAGCAAAAACCUGUCUAGAGUGUCAAAAGUUAUUGCGGUGGUUGGGCCUUUUUCAAGCACCGACACCAUGACUGUCGCCCCGCUCUUCAUGGUGGAUCUCAUUCCUUUGGUCAGCUAUGGAGCUGCUAGUUCUGCCUUUUCAGAAAAAGCCAAAUACCCCUCUUUCAUGCGAACAGUUUUUUCCAAUAAAGAUGUCAUAGAAGUAAUUGUUAAAAUCAUACUGCAUUUCAACUGGCGCUGGGUUGCCUUUCUUAGGAGUGAUAACGAUUUUGGCAAUGAUGGACUGGAUAUGUUCAUGAAGAGGAUAAAGGACACAGACAUCUGUCUGGCGUAUACCAAAGGUCUUGAUUACAAAACAAACUACUCCAAAAUGUUCAAACAAAUAGAGGAACAGAAAAUAGGCAUCAUUAUUGUUUUUGUUACUAAACUGACUGCUGAAACUCUCAUUAAGUCAGCGAUAAAACUGAAUAUCACCAACAAGGUAUGGAUAGCAGGAGACACGUGGUCGUUGAACAAGAAGCUCCCCAAGGAGAAAGGAAUCAAAAAUAUUGGAACUGUGCUUGGGGUGUCUCAGCCAGUAGUGUCAAUACCUGGUUUCAGUGAUUUUAUCUAUUCAACCAAAAGUCAGACAACUUGUGAAAGUGCAGAGAAGAACAUGUUUUGUAAUCAGGCUUGCAACUGCAGUGGCCUCAGUGCAGAGGAUAUCAUUGCUUUGGACCCAUCUUACUCUUUUCCUGUGUACUCUGCUGUAUAUGCCAUCGCACACGCCUUGCACAAUGCCUUGCAAUGUGGAAUUGAUACAUGUAAUGACAAUAUUACAGUGUACCCACACAUGGUUCUAGCAGAGCUGAAAAAGUUGAACUUCACACUUUAUAACCAAAGUAUUGAGUUUGAUGUGAACGGUGACCCCAAGUUUGGAUCCUAUUCCAUCGUAUUCUGGAACCACGAUGGUGAUGCAGAGGAGAUCGGCUUUUUUAAAUUUCAGCCAUCAGUCCAGUUGGUCAUCAACAACAGCAAAAUUCAGUGGUACACAAAUGGAGAUGCGCCCUCUGCCCUGUGUUCUUCAGAGUGCUUGGACGGCUAUGAGAAAAAGCAAAAUGGAAUCCAUAAGUGUUGUUUCAACUGUGAAAUCUGUCCUAAUGGAACUUACAUCAACAUCACAGAGGAUCCCUACAGAUGCAUCAACUGUAAGGAGUCAGAAUGGUCCACAGAAGGAAGUACAUCAUGCAAUCUGCGCACAGUGGAGUAUGUCCCAUUCACUGACAGCCUGGCCAUACUCAUCACGUUCGGGGCUGUCUCCUUGGGAGCACUCACAAUAGCUGUCUCUGUUCUCUUUGCCAUCAACUACCAAACCCCUAUUGUCAGAUCUGCUGGGGGACCAAUGUGCUUCCUCAUUUUAGGCUGCCUCAGUCUGUGUAGUCUCAGUGUGUACUUUUACUUUGGUAAGCCAACAGCUUCCUCUUGUAUUUUAAGAUUCUUGCCAUUUCUCUUGUUUUACACUGUUUGUCUUUCUUGUUUUGUUGUGCGCUCUUUUCAAAUCGUAUGUAUUUUCAAAAUAGCAGCUAAGUUCCCAAGACUCUACAGUUGGUGGAUGAAAUAUCAUGGUCAAUGGCUGAUCAUCACUGUGGCAUUCGUUACUCAGGCAUUCUUACUUCUUAUUGGCUAUUCCUCUUUCCCCCCAAAGCCCUACAAUGACACAUUUUGGUACCCAGACAAAAUCAUUCUUACUUGUGACAUUGAUCUCAAAGCAGCCUUUAGUUCUGUGAUUUUACUUGUACUAUUGUGUGCCUUGUGCUUCAUUUUCUCCUACAUGGGAAAAGACCUCCCAAAAAAUUACAAUGAAGCCAAAGCAAUAACCUUCUGCCUGCUCCUGCUGAUCCUCACCUGGAUCAUCUUUACUACUGAAUACAUGCUCUACCAUAGCAAGUACAUCCAAACUCUAAACGCUCUGGCAGUGCUCUCCAGCCUCUACUGCUUUUUGUUGUGGUAUUUCCUCCCAAAAUGCUACAUCAUCAUUUUUCAACCCCAGAAAAACACUGCACAGUAUUUCCAAGGUCUUAUUCAGAAUUAUACCAAAACAAUGAGCCAGUAGCAGCUUCAGUUAAUAUGUGUUUACUGAAAAUCUUUAGGCCAUAAUGAUUAGUAAUUUUACAGAACUUUGCAGUGUAUGUCUUUUUCUUUUGUGUUUUCCUGUAAAUACAGCAGCUUUAGCUCAAUAUUCCCAAUCUUUGUGUUUAUGUAAGUAAAUGAGAAUUCUGAACGCUUAUUGUAUAUUUUUUAGGGGUCUAUUA